AUGGACCUGUCGCGCGCCACUAUCAUGUGCUUCGCUUCACUGCUGCUGGAGCUGGGACUGCAGGACAAGGUGGUCGAGCUGUUCGCGCAGUACUCGCCACUGCAGCGCGGCCUAGGCAUGCCGCCCCAACUGGUAAAGUUCUCUGUGGAGCCGGGCUCGCGCCGUCGCCUCUUCCUCUAUAACCCGUUGGCGCAGGAGAGGACUGAGCACGUGCAGUUCCUGGUGACCGAGCCCAACAUAGCUGUCGAGGACGCCAGCGGACAGCGCUUGCUCGUGCAGUUGGAGCCGCAGGGAAAGGCGUUCCUAGCCCACUUCCUGGUGCGCCUCCUUCCGCUGUCCAUCCAUGUGUUCAGCGUAAUCGGCGUGCGGUCGGAGGGCGAGGUGGCGCCGCCAGCCGCCAUCGCGCGCACCGACGCCGACCUGGGGGACGCCUUCACCAUCAGCAACGCUCGCUUCCAGCUGUCCUUCAACAAGACCGGCUUUCUGUGGAGCGUGCGCGACCGGCGCGUGAAUCGUGAGCUGCCGCUGGCGAUCAGCUUCGGUGCGUUCGCGACCGUCGAGCGCGAGAGUGGCCUGUACCUGUUCGCGGCCAAGGACCAGCCGCCGAGACGGCUGCCGUGCGCCGGCCGCCGCUGGGCCGUGCGCGAGGACGCCGUGUCCUCCGAGGCGAGCGUGGACUGCGGCCGCGUGCGGCUGACCGUGCGUCUGCUCCACACGGACGCCCCACCCGGCCAGGCGGUGCACCUCGAGACCGAGACGCGCCUCUCACGCGACGACGACGAGACGGACGUCUUCAUGCACCUGCGCACAGGCGUGGCGUCGUGCGCGGCGCGCGGCUGCGGCUUCUUCGCCGACGCCAACGACUACCAAAUGGUGUGGCGGCCUUACGUGCCGGCGGCCGGAGUGGCCGGCAACGUGUACCCGGUGACGACACAGGCCAGCCUGCAGGACCACCGGCUGCGGCUCAGUCUCCUGAUGGACCACUCGCGCGGCGUCGCCAGCCUCAAGGAGGGUACGCUGACAGCCAUGCUGGACCGGCGCUCGCGCUUCGAUGACGACCGUGGCAUCGGCCAGGGCAACCAGGCCAACCGGCCGGUGCGGGCCUCCUUUUUGGUGACGUUCGAACACCUGCCCGAGCCGCCGGCUAGUGACGAGCUGUUCGCGAACGGGCCCCUGACGCGGCGCUCUCCCGCCAGCCAGCUCAACCAUCCGCCGCAGCUGCUGGACGGCGCGCUGCCCUGCGACUGGGAGCUGGUCACGCUACGCCAGCUGCCCGAGCGGCACCGUUACGAGUACCCGGGCCGGCGGCUGCAGCUGACGCUGCUACGGCGACGCCUGCGCUGCCGGCCGGCCGCCACCCCCGGCGUCGAGUUCUCGCCGUUCAUUUCGUUAGAGAGUGUCGAGCCCGUGGGUCUGACGGGCGGCGAGCGCCCGGCGCCGGCCGAGCCACUGCGCGGGCUGCGCGACCUGCGACUCGAGCCCGACGAGCUGCGCACGUUCGAACUCAGCUACAGACGGCCCGGCCUCGAUAGCGUCGAGGAGAUGGACGAAGAGGAGGUGCACUUCGUCAAGGAACUCAACGGAGUUGGGUCGAAAGAGGCGGUCAGAUAGGACGCGUCGCGCGCAGUGGGAUGCUGGUGACACGACGUGAGCGCGUGUGGCGGUGGAGCGCGGUCUCGGCCAGUGACGAAUGGGGAUGGGCAGGCACCGGCAGGAAGCGGGGUUCUAUCAAGUAGACGGAAUAGUGGUGGGCCGACGGUGGGGCGUGACUGGUUCGUAGCCAGCAGGUGGCCGAC